AUGGACUCCUCAGUACGUGGUGUUUUUUGGCUGGUGAUGUGUUUGCUUCUGCUAGAAUCCCGCGCCUCAGACAUACUGAACGAUGCGCAUGUGUAUCGUGCGUUCGCGUCGUACGAGGUGGUCCCGGAUGUGGUCGACGAAGCGCCCGACUGUUGGGCCCGUGUGUCGUUCAAAAGCGGCCGACAGGCGGAGGGUGGUAAUCGGCUAACGCCAACCCAAAUACGAAACCCGCCCGUUGUCACGUGGAACUCGAACGAGCGUGCCCUCUACACGCUGGUCCUGACCGAUCCGGAUGUGCCGUCGCGUGACGAUCCACGCUACAGAGAGUUUAUCCACUGGGCGGUCGGUAACAUUCCCGGCAAUGAUAUUGAUCGUGGUGAAACGCUCGUCGAGUAUCUCGGUGCCGUCACGACGCGUGGUACCGGAUUGCAUCGGUUCGUGCUGCUCGUGUUUGAGCAUCUCCAGAAGCUGGACUUUUCCAACGAACCGCGGAUCUCGGCACAGUGCGGUACGGUGCGGCGGUACUUCUCUACGCGGAACUUUACGCGCAAGUACGAUCUUGGCAACCUGUACGCGGGAAACUUCUUCCAGACGCAGUACGAUGAUUACGUGAACACGUUGCAGGCCCAGCUGCGCGAAUGUUCGCUGAACGAGCUGAACGGAGCACGUAAUGCAACCGUGUUUGGUAGCCCGUAG